AUGGCCUGUAUCUUCGGCCCCGGUGGAUCCUCGCCUAACGAGAUGAGCCCAAGGAUGCCGGCUGCUACAUCCCCAGAUCUCAUAUUCAGCGAAGGCGAAGAAGGAGAGCAGCGGCCGAUGGCGAGGCACUCGCAGCUCUCUACAUUCGAACGCGUUCUCUCGACCCAUCCGCCCAUCCUCGAAUCGUUCCUCCUGCAGACCCCAACUGAAUCUAUCCUUCAACUCUACCACACCUCCUCAUAUCUCCGGUCUUUCCUCAAAUCAUAUCCGACAGCAUGGCAGUAUCUCUCAUUCCGACUCCUUUUGCCUUCCAGCACGCAGGUUCGCCCGCUGGUUGGAGCCACAGACUCGCAGGGAAACCAGCGCCAGUCCCGACCCUACGCACUUGACCAAUUACUACUUCACGUCAUCGUACCCUUUAGCCCUUCUCUUCGCAGUCUAGACCUGGAUAACACUGCUGUAUCGGGUCAGAACCUCAUUUCGAUCGUCCUCAGCGCACGCAGGGAUACACUCGAGCACAUCUCUGUCCGGGGAUGCAAAAAUGUGUCUCUGAAAUAUCAUAUCAUUCCUUACUUGACCAUGUUCGGGCUUCAAUAUGACACAGAAACUACAAAUCCGCUCGGCCCUUCGUCAAAAGUGAAACGUCUUGCUAUCAAAAGCCUCUACACCUACCGGUGUCGCCACCAUAGGAGACGCCCGUACCUAACCUCGUCUCUGCUUAGAAGAGACUCGGACUCAGAACCAACGCAUGAGCUCGUCAAUCUUUGCCAUAAGCUUGGUAUAUGGACUGAUACCGCUUGGUGUACUACUCCAGCUGGGCGUUGUUUCCGAAGACGGGGUUAUGUGGCCAUGAGGGUACCACAAGGCAGUCCUGAAGUGUGGGUUGUGUUCGACCGGCUAUGGAGGUCCAAAAACUGGAUUGGCGCAUCCGGUGACAGUAAUGAGCCUCCGAAACGAGACGGCCGCCUAUGGGAACAUGAUGAAACUGGCCAUUCUGGCGAACCUCUGGGGACUCCUGGUGCCCAGAAAUACGGAGAGGGAAAGACAGUCCCAACUCACCUGCGCAGUAGUCACAAACGAUUCGUGGACGACAUAAAGUGUGAUGCUUGUCUUGAAAAGAUACAUGAGAGAUGUGAGCAAUGCAGCGUCUUGAUGCAUUGUGUUGGAUGCCGGAAAACCCUCUGUUACAGUUGUGCAUAUGAUACACCCUACCCAAGGAGAAAGACAGCAUCUGUUGGUGAAUCGGCAGGAGAGACAUUCUGGUGGGCUCCAGGAGCCACCAUAUCCCCAUGUGCGAUGCAGGAGCCUUAUCAGCAAGCCGUUGGUCCCAAUACGGUCAACAACCAGAAUGGAAUGGCCAACUCUCCCGUUUACCCAAACCUGAAGCUACACUGGUGCUGCACUGAACCCAUGUUCACUGGUGGUGGUGGAAUAACGCUUGGAGUCGCUGGUCGUGAAGUUGACAGGGUACGGGCGGCUCCUCUUCCCCGUGGGCAAGGGUGGGAAGAUCCGGAGUACUCAUCGAAUGAAUGGAGCAAAAAUUUCCCAAAGUAUGCAUAUGGAGACCCGAAGAAGCCCGACUACACUCUUGCCGAAGGUCACACUGAGAUGAUGCGUUGGCUCCUAGGCCCAUCAAGUUGUCAAGUUUCAAGCUGCCCGCGCAAUUUGUGUCAGGACUGUUUUGAUUCCCCCCAAUGGAAGGUCCAUUGUAAGAGUUGUUCAAAGCCCUUGUGCAUGGAACACGAUUUACGGGGGUUGCGUCUUCGAAUAUGUGGUUAUCGAGACCUUCUGCUUGAAAAACUUGCUAUUGGGGAUGGACGGACACCUGCCUCGUCCGCUGCUUCGGCAACUUCUCCUGCCAGGCCUGCCUUGUCUACCUCGGCCUCGUAUGCGCCUUUGAGACUUGCUCCCCCUGAACAGAGCCAUGGCGGCGCUUCAAGCAGCAGUAACCCUCUACCAAAUGAAACAAACUCUUCAAUUCCAGCGACGGCAGCUAUGAAUGCCACUGACAAUCAAAAUGCCGACCCUGCCUCUUCCUCGACUUCUAACAAUCAUACCCGUUCUUCUACGCCCGCCUCUGUUUACUUUGAAGCAGCACCACAGUCGCGUAAAUGGCUUGGCUGCCAGUCGUUCUUCUGCCCACAGUUCCGAGCUGCCGGAGAUCACCGUCAGCGUUGUACAAGCGUACUGAGCGAAUGUACAUCUUGCUCUGUCCACGUUUGCCAAGAUUGCGUCGACGAGAAUCCGCCAUGCACUUGCUCGUAUUGUGAUUUGAACUACCUCUGUCCAAAUUGUUAUGUGACCAAGGAGCAGGAUGGCACUUGUCGCCGACUUGAGGAGGAACGUGCAAGACGAGAUGAGAAACAGAAACGCGACCUGGAGAUGUUUGAAGUUGCUCUCGAACGCAACCUUGCAAACGAAGUUGCCGGGUAUGCUGGGCAGUUUUUCAGUCAAGUAUACCAUACCGGGGAGCCUGUUCACAUGUCUGAGCAGCCGACGGAGAACGUUGGUGAAGCGCUUCCGCUAACUCAACUGGACGGGGCCACCAAUAGUCACCCUCCAGCCCAGCCAGGUGCUUCCCAGCAUACUGCCACUUAUGAUGACGAUGACAACGGUCCAGCCGGUAGUGGGUCAGAACAUACUGAAAUUCUGGGUGAUGAUGCUUAA